AUGCAAGCUGUGAAUGCGUCUGAAAGCGAACCCUGCCGCUUCUGGAUCUAUGAUGAUGUGACGAAAUGCGGUAGAGUCCGAUACAUAAACUACUAUUUCCCUUUAACCUUGACAGUGUUCACUGUGGGUUUCCUACUUUACAAUGUACUUUCGCAUUAUUACUAUUAUGAUAAACUCCAUUUGAAGAAAUUGAGUGUAGUGGAUGAACUGACGAAUGGCGCAAGUGGCGAUGACUCCGAGGAUAAACCAUUGCUCUCUAAUGGCAAGAAACAUAGCCAGUACACUGAGAGCCAGAUGACUCCAGAGGAACUGAUGGAGAAGCAUUUUUCAGUUGAAAAAUUAAAGUUCGUUAACACCAAGGGAGAACCACAUGGUAAGGUGGAGAUUGUUAGACGUGGAUUUAUUGAAAAAUCAAGGACGAUUGUGGAAUUUUUGUUAGUACUCAGUCAAUUGAUCUUCCAUGUUUUCGUGGCAUUAAACUAUACCGGAAUUUACAAUGAAUUUCCUCUUUCUAGUUCCGUAAUGGGUGUUGUACAAUGGGCAUUCUUAUUUUUUGUUGUAUCCAUACGUUUACUGAACAUUAAUCAGUCCAUCAAGUGGAUAAAUAAAUAUCCUGGGAAUAUUUGGUCCAUUUCAUUCGUCUCGUAUAUGUUCCUCUUCCUGUCGAAUCUGUUGCCUUAUCGUUCCAUAUUUAUUGGACACAUCAAGAAAAAUGUGAUCAAGAAUUACUACCUAUCUCAGACCUAUAUUGACCUGGUUCUCUUCUUGCUGCUAUUCUUAUCACCACAAGGUAACAAAAACUCGGUGAUUUAUAUGACUGAUAGCACUAUCACACCUUCCCCAGAACCAGUAUCUUCAAUCGCGUCUUUCAUCUCUUGGAGUUGGAUUAAUAAGUUUGUAUGGACAGCUCAUAAAUCAACCAUCGAAUUUAAAGACGUUUGGGGAUUGUCCUUGGAAGAUUAUUCCAUCUUUGUCGUUAAAAAGUUUAGACGCUAUACCGGUCGCUUUAGCAAAAACAGAGGGUUUACUGUCAAUCUGCUUUCUUUCUUCUCCAAAUAUUUGGCGCUACAGGGAUUUUGGGCUUUUAUUGAAAGUAUUAUAAGUUUCAUUCCAACCUUACUGCUGAAGAGAAUUCUAGAAUAUGUUGAAGAUAGAGACUCGGCACCUGCAAAUUUGGCUUGGUUCUACGUGUUUGGUAUGUUUUUGUGCAGAAUCCUUGUUGCAGUGUGCCAAGGCCAAGCUUUAUUUUUGGUUAGGAGAGUGUGUAUCAGAAUGAAGGCAAUCAUCAUUUCUGAGAUUUACACAAAAGCACUGAAAAGAAAAAUAUCUGCAAAUUCAGCUAAGCAAUCCUCAGAUGAGGUCGACCCUCAAAAGCUUAACGAACAAGAACAGAUCAAUGGUGAUGAAGAAUCUACAACUUCUGCUAAUUUGGGUGCAAUUAUCAACUUGAUGGCCGUCGACGCAUUCAAAGUGAGUGAAAUUUGUGCAUACCUUCAUGCCUUUGUCGAGGCCGUGGUAAUGGCUUUAGUCGCUUUCGUAUUGUUGUAUCACCUAUUAGGGUUUGCCGCAAUAGUUGGUGCAGCGCUUAUCGUGGCCAUGAUGCCACUUAACUUCAAACUGGCAACAUGGUUGGGACAUUUGCAGAAAGAGACUCUGUCGGUAACUGAUAAACGUAUUCAAAAGCUGAAUGAAGCAUUCCAAGCUAUCCGUAUUAUCAAGUUCUUCUCAUGGGAGAAUAAUUUUGAGAAGGACAUCAGAGAUGUCAGAGAAACUGAAUUGAAGUUCUUGAUGAAAAGAUCCUUGGUCUGGGCUGGAAGUUCGUUUGUCUGGUAUAUCACUCCAACCAUUGUCACCAGUUGUGCCUUCUGGUUUUACAUCUAUAUUCAAGGUGAAGUACUGACUACGCCAAUCGCCUUCACAGCUCUAUCAUUGUUUUCCUUGCUAAGAACACCUUUAGAUCAACUGUCUGACAUGCUAAGUUUUGUCAUUCAAUCGAAGGUUUCCUUGGACAGAGUUCAAGAAUUUUUGGAAGAAAAGGAUACAGAGAAAUACAAUCAAUUGAGCACUGCGAAGGAUAAGAAAAAAAUUGGAUUUGAAAACGCUACCAUUACUUGGGAUGCAGAAAGGCCUGACUUCAAAUUGAAAAACUUGAACAUUGAUUUUAAAGUCGGUAAGCUAAAUGUUAUUAUUGGCCCAACGGGCUCAGGUAAGACCUCUCUUUUGAUGGCAUUGUUGGGUGAAAUGCAUUUGGUGAGCGGUAAGAUUAUCGUGCCAUCUCUGGAUCCAAGACAGGAGCUUCCUAUCGAAGCAGACGGUAUGACAAACUCAAUGGCGUAUUGUUCACAAGCUGCUUGGUUGUUAAAUGACACAGUGAAAAACAAUAUUCUCUUCAACAGUCCUUACAAUGAGGGUAGAUAUGAAGCUGUGGUGGAAGCCUGUGGAUUGAAGCGUGACUUCUCGAUUCUGUCCGCCGGUGAUUUGACUGAAAUCGGAGAAAGAGGUAUCACGCUGUCUGGUGGUCAGAAACAAAGAAUUUCUUUGGCCAGAUCACUGUACUCAAAUGCCAGACACGUCCUCCUAGACGAUUGUUUAAGUGCAGUGGACUCUCACACAGCUUCUUGGAUCUAUGACAACUGUAUUACUGGGCCUUUGAUGGAAGGAAGAACAUGUAUCCUCGUUUCUCAUAACACCGCGCUAACCUUGAGGAAUGCUGAGUUAGUUGUUACAAUGGAAAAUGGACAAGUCAAAAAUCAAGGCGAACCGUUGAGCUUACUGCACAGCGGUCUGCUUGGAGAAGACGAGCUUGUCAAGAGUAGUAUCCUUUCGAGACACAAUUCGUCCGUCAAUUUGAAGAGUAAAAGUACUACAAGCAUCAGAAACCUAUCCAAGGGCAAGGAGUUGGCUAAGUCAAAGAAAACGGAUGAGGAACGUGCCAAAGAUGGUAAGUUGAUCAAGGAUGAGACGAAGGCAGAGGGUGUCGUUAGUGCCGACGUUUACAAGUGGUACCUAAGAAUCUUUGGAGGCUGGAAGAUGCUCAGUAUUCUUAUUGCUGCUUUUGUUAUUGCACAGGGUAUAUCCAUUGGACAAACUUGGUGGGUUCGUAGCUGGGUUUCGAACAACUUCAGUACAAAGAUUAUUGCACUAGGCCAAAACAUAGCAGUUUCUACAUCUCGUGCUAUCAGCCAUGUUGGCAAUUUUGUUACAUCAUUUUCAUUUAUGCAGCACAACUUUGAUGAAGAAUCCCGUGCCAAGAUCCAUUCUACGUUCUACUACCUAUCGUUGUAUUUCUUGAUCGGUGUUAUUCAGUCAGUGUUGUCAGCGCUUAAAACAGUAUUGAGUUUCGUUGCUGGUAUCAAUGCAUCGAGAAAGAUCUUCAACUUGCUUCUAAGCAAGGUUAUGCACGCAAAGCUUCGUUUCUUCGAUUCUACUCCAAUCGGUAGAAUAAUGAACCGCUUUUCGAAAGAUAUGGAAGCUGCCGACCAAGAGCUAACACCAUUUAUCGAAGGUGCAUUUUACUCGCUUGUGCAAUGUGUUUCCACUGUUGUUCUGAUUACAUUCAUCACGCCUCAAUUUUUGUUUGUCGCUAUAUUGGUGGCUGUUCUCUACUACUUCGUAGGUUACUUCUAUCUGACAGGUUCUCGUGAAUUGAAGAGAUUGGAAUCCAUUUCAAGAUCUCCAAUCUACCAACAUUUCUCGGAGACUUUGGUUGGUGUUACCACUAUCCGUGCCUUUGGUGACGAAAGUAGAUUCAUGCGUGAGAACCUGCAAAAGAUUGACGAGAACAAUAGACCAUUCUUUUAUUUGUGGGUGGCGAACCGUUGGUUAUCGUUCAGAAUCGAUAUGAUUGGUGCUCUUGUCAUUUUUGGUGCUGGUAUUUUCGUCUUGUUGAACAUUGACCAUAUAGAUUCAGGUAAAGCAGGUAUCUCUUUGACCUACGCAAUUACAUUCACAGAGGGUGCGCUAUGGUUAGUAAGACUAUACUCCAAUGUGGAAAUGAAUAUGAACUCGGUCGAAAGAUUAAAGGAAUACAUGGACGUCGAACAAGAACCAUAUGACCAGUCGAUUUUGACGCCCCCAGUCGAGUGGCCUCAGCAAGGUAGAAUUGAAGUUAAUGAUCUGUCGUUACGUUAUGCCCCUAAUCUACCAAAAGUCAUCAAGAACGUUUCUUUCACUGUCGAUCCAAGGUCGAAGGUUGGUAUUGUUGGUAGAACAGGUGCUGGUAAGUCUACAAUUAUAACUGCACUGUUCAGAUUUUUGGAUCCUGAAACUGGUAACAUUAAAAUUGACAAUGUUGAUAUUACAUCUAUUGAUUUACAGAGACUUCGUCGUUCGAUCACUAUUAUUCCACAGGACCCCACUUUGUUUACUGGGACGAUCAAGUCCAACCUGGACCCUUACGAUGAAUAUACUGACCAACAAAUUUUUGAGGCGCUAAAGCGUGUCAACUUGGUCACUCAAGAAGAACUAGACAGACGCCCAACAUCAGAAUCAUCUUCAGUCAGUUCAGAAAACAUUAACAAGUUUUUGGACUUGUCCAGUGAGAUAAGCGAAGGUGGUGGUAACAUUUCACAAGGUCAACGUCAACUUGUGUGUCUCGCCCGUUCAUUGUUGCGUAGUCCAAAGAUCAUUCUACUUGACGAGGCUACAGCUUCGAUUGAUUAUGCGUCAGACGCUAAGAUCCAAGAGACCAUCAGAAAAGAGUUUGGUGGCAACACGAUAUUGACGAUCGCACAUAGACUGAGAUCUGUGAUCGAUUACGACAAAAUUUUGGUCAUGGAUGCUGGUGAAGUUAAGGAAUUUGACCAUCCUUACUCAUUAUUACUGAACAAGAACAGUUUGCUGUAUAGUAUGUGUGAGCAGAGUGGAGAGCUGGAAAGCUUGAUAGAAUCUGCCAAGCAAGCCUUCGUUGAGAAACUGAAUUCAAAGUAG